AUGGGGAACAACUCCAGGGCUCACUUAAACUUACUAAUUGCAGCUUCACAGCGCGCAUUUUCAGCCAAGGCGGGUUGUGGUGGCAUAGCUGGCCCGAAAAUAACGGGUGUGCUACGUUUUUAUAAGGAUGUCGACGUUAAAGAGAUACCGGAGCCAACGGUAGAGGAUGGAGUGGAGCCACGCAAGCUUUAUGCCGUCACGCUUGACGGUAAGACGAUUAAGACGCCGCGACAGCAACCUGUCCACCUUCCUACACCAGCCAUGGCGUAUUCGGUUGCCCACGAGUGGGAUGCACAGAUUCACGAUAUCCGUCCAGCCACAAUGCCCAUUAUGACUUUGGCGUCCACGGCCUUAGAUCUUGUGUAUACGUCCAGUAGUCAGGAAACCAUCGACGAGAUGAUGCACUAUUUGAAUACAGAUACAAUAUGCUACGAGGUAACGGCAGAUAAACAGGAGAAGCUUGUGAUGCUGCAGCAAAAAAAGUGGAAGCCCAUUCGCAAGUGGUUUAGUGAUACAUUCGAGGGCGAAGUGGACGUGAGCUACGGUAGCAUUGACCAACUGGCACAUGAUCAGCAGCUUCUGACAAAUGUGCGCGCGCAUCUGGAAACGGUAUUGCAUGUGAUUGAUAUUAUGAAGACAGUGCGUACGCUGACAAAGGAGUGCAAGUCUUUGAUCACUGCGUUGGCCGUCUUUAAACGUCACAUUACGGCAAAGGAAGCAGUCGACGUCAGCCGCUUGGAAGAAGAAUUUCAGAUCAGCAACUGGGGACUUGUUGAGGGAGGUCACGAUCUCGAUCGCGUUAAUUGCGCCAUGAAAGUUUCGAGCGCAUCCUUUUUGCUCUAUUUGCUAGAGAAUAAGCAUUGA